AUGCCUAUAUAUUCCUACAUAUUUGGUGUUUUUAUCGCGUUUAUAUCGUAUGUUGUGUAUCAAAAAUACGCGAAUAUUUACACUAGUGUUAUAGUGAAGCCGGAAAAAAGAUACGACUAUAUUAUCGUAGGCGCCGGCACCGCAGGAUGCGUGCUAGCGUCCAGAUUAUCUGAAGACCCUAAGACGAAAGUACUACUGAUAGAAGCUGGAGGCUACAUGGGAUACUUCACCAAGAUACCUCUGACACCAACAGCCGCACAGCAAGGGCCAAACGACUGGUCUGUUAGGACGACGCCGCAAAAGUAUUCCGCGUUCGGGCUAUGGCGUCAGACCCAAAUAAUCCCCCGAGGUAAAGGCCUGGGUGGAUCAGGCCAGAUCAACUUCCUGAUGCACGGCCUUGGUCUUCCCGAGGAGUACAAAAAGUGGGCUCGGUUGGGAUUCAAAGGUUGGACCCAAGAAGACUUACAGCCAUACUUUAUCAAGGCAUUUGGGACGGUCCAAAGCGAGUUUGAUUCAGGGCAUUGCUCGCUAGAUGGCGUGUGUCCUGGGUCGGAGGCACCAAUGAAACUCAAACUCAUUGACGAACACAACGACCUAAUGAGGACUUUCCGAGAAGCGUCCAGGAGAUGGAGUGACAAACACACAAUAUUCCGGAAACCAACCGCCACUGUCAAAGAUGGUAUGAGGUUUGGAACGCUCGACGCGUAUCUGAAGCCGGCAUUGAAACGAAAGAAUUUGCAUGUUCUGCUCAAUACAGAGGGUAUUUCGAUUCGCUUUGAAAACAAAACAGCAUCAUCUCUAUACAUACUUCAGAAUCAUCGAAAUUUGGACAACAUUUUCGUCAACAAAGAAAUCAUUCUGUCUGCCGGCGCCAUUAAAUCUCCACAACUCUUGAUGCACUCAGGGAUUGGGCCUAAAGAGUUGAUUGAACGAUUAAGGAUAAAACUCGUAUCAGCCAACGAGAGGGUAGGCAGAAACCUUCACGAUCACAUGAACAUACCAAUCUACGUCAGCAUCAAGAAACCUAUAAGCGUUACGCUGGCCAAAGUCUUCAGUUUCGGGACGUUUUGGGACUAUUUCUGGAGCGGCCAAGGUUUAUUAUCAUUUGCACCCAUGGCCGGCAUCGAGUACCAGAACUCAUCAGCUCUGAUGCUGUUCUCAAUGGGUACAGCCAGCGAGACGCUGCUAAGAGAUCUGUCCAAUUAUAAACCCAAGGUAUUCCGCGACACGUUCGUUUUCCACAACGACUAUAAACGGGAAGGCUUCAUGUUUCUGGCCUCGUGCGCUCAGCCCAGGAGUAGAGGGACUGUCACCAUCAGGGAUACGAGUUCGAAAUCACCGCCUAUAGUGAAUCCUAACUAUUUAUACGAUGGAGGUGAUGUCAAGUGUAUAAUAAAAGCAUUGCGAAGAGCUGAGCAGUUGGUGUCUUCUGAGCCAUUCCAGGAGAUAGGGGCCAGGAUACACUGGCCGAGACCGGAACGAUGUCUGUCCUUAUGGAACUAUUCUAAGGAAGAUCAAAUUGGAGCCGCAUUUAGAAGGAAAAAGCUUAAAAGCAAGAAGUCUCAAGUAUUGAAGCUGUCACGCCCCACCCAACCUCAAUCCCCCCCAGACGAGUACCUCGAGUGCAUCAUCAGGGAAGUGGCCGUGACUGGACACCAUGUGGGAGGCAGCUGUUCUGGUGGGAGCGUGGUCGAUAGCGAAUUAAGAGUAAAAUCCACGACAAACCUUCGUGUAAUGGAUGCCAGCAUACUACCUUCGCCUGUGUCUUUGUUCCCCAAUUCUGUGAUCGUCACAAUGGCGGAGAAAGCGGCUGAUCUUAUCAAGAGGGCCUUAUGA